GCUAACUGCAUAAACGGCCGGAGACGAGAACGACAUUAGCAGUGUGAAAGUAUCGACAUUAUGCCGAACACGAAGGAUCCCUUUCGAGAGGACGUGUCACUCCUCUACCCUGACAGUCACGGCCGGAAAAUCGACUGGUUCUCAGAUCCACCCUGCGAAACGCCGAUAAUCAAAGGCGUUGUCAAUCGGCUACAAAAAUGGCCUGCAGACUUAUUCGUAGCGUUCAUGGCAGCCUGUUUGAUCAUUGGAAGCCUGGUCUUCUUGAUCUUCCUCACGGUGGCCAUCUGUGUACCCACAGUCGUCGGUAACAGAAUAGAAGAAAUCUCGUUCCUGGAAGUUGGAGCAUCGCCCAACGCGUAUUUCUUCAAAUUGGAGAACCAGAACUGGUCCACGACCGACUACUGCUACAUCGAGACUGCUGCCAGGAGAUAUCCCGAAUUUAACGUGUACCUGAUAAAUUUAAUGAAGGAAGAGCCUAAUAAGGAAGGCUUGAAUCAGUCGAGUAUUAAUAGAACAAGGCUGGAAUCUAGAUUGAGCGAUUCGAAUAACUAUCAUUCCUCGAUACUGAGCCCGGAGGAUAGGCUUAGGCAACGAUUGGUACUUGGAAAUGGAAAUAUAAGGAACAUCAACGUGUCGAUCGAUAAAUUCUUCAAAGGUUCGAAACUGUCGAAAGUUGCGAAACAAUUGGACGACGAGGUGCUCGAAAUCGCAGCCAAAGCACAAUUGCUCUGGAGCGUUCCUGGGAUCGCGCUAAAACCGAGCAUGUUCUGCAAUCUGGAUUCCAUGAAGAAUUUCCUUUGCAACAGUAAGGACAAGUGUCUACCGGACAAAUUGGCAACCAUAGAGCCAGAAAACGAUAUUCAGCUGACGGGAGUGCCGUGUCAAGCCUUCAUGGGGUUCGUCGUCCAAGAAAUAUCGAGAAACAGUUACAAUGGGAAAUACACGUUAAGAGAAGCGGUAGAGAGAUAUUGUCCGAGAUUAUACUACUGUCCGGAAAUUCGGAUUGUCAAUCCAAAACCAAAGUGUCCGACUGACGCUUUAAACUGUCCUAUCGUUUAUUCGAGUAUACUGAUGCCCUUCGCAUGA